UACCUCGAAGAAGAAGAAGAAUGACCUUUGGACCCUGACGUCACUUCCCUGACAACCACCGUUUUCUGUGCCAGCUGUCUCUUCCGUAUUGACUUACUCCGAUUUGACAAACCCUGUAACACACUCAAAAGACACGCUGCUUUCCUCCCUUUUAGCUAAGUUUGAUGAAGCGGUGAUAUCUGAGAAAUGAAGCCGAGGAAGCGACACGUCCUGCUGCUGUGGAUCCUGGUCUGCUCCGGUAUGACGGAGGCAAUCGAGCCCAUCAGCACCACCAUAGCGGUCGGCAUGGCUGCGGCUCUGACCGGCUUCUUAGCUAGCUACCAGAACAUUUUAUACUACUUCCACGAGUGCUGUCGGCCGGAGUGGAUUUCUUUUAACAAAACGGGUCUCAAGACUGACCUGGACAACAAACUGUUUGGACAGCACAUUGCGUCACGCAUCAUCCUAAAAGCUGUGAAUGGAUUCAUGAGCAACGACAACCCGAAGAAGCCGCUGGUGCUCUCUCUGCACGGAUGGACCGGCACCGGGAAGAACUUUGUUAGUAAGCUGAUUGCAGAAAACAUUUACAAGGAGGGGAUGGAAAGCAGCUUCGUUCAUGUUUUCACCUCCACGCUUCACUUCCCACAUCCAAGUCAAAAUGCCACCUACAAGUCUCAGUUACAGCAAUGGAUCAAAGGCAAUGUCACAAACUGCGAACGCUCCAUGUUCAUCUUCGAUGAGAUGGACAAGAUGCAUCCUGGCUUGAUCGACAGCAUUAAGCCAUAUCUGGAUUACUACGACAAGCUUGAUGGAGUUUCUUAUCGGAAAUCAAUCUUCAUCUUUCUCAGCAAUGCUGGAGGUGAGAGCAUCAUCCAGACAACUUUAGAUUUCUGGAGAGAAGGACGAGAUCGAGAAGAGAUUGAGCUCAGAGACCUGGAAAUGUCGCUUUCACUGUCAGUUUUCAACAACAACCAAAGUGGCUUCUUUCAUACAAGUUUGAUCGACAAGAACCUGGUGGACUUCUUCGUCCCGUUCCUGCCUCUGGAGUACCAACACAUAGUCCAGUGUGCCAAGGCCGAGAUGAAGGCCAGAGGACUUGACCCAGACCCGGAUGUGGCGGACAUGGUGGCCAGAGAUGUAGUCUAUUUCCCCAAAUCGGAGCGAGUGUUCUCCGUCAAAGGCUGCAAGACGAUAGAGAGCAAGUUGGACUACUACACAUAAUGUCAGCGUCUGACGGACUCAGUCACAGUGUGCACUUUUAUAAAGAAAAACUUGGUCAGCCAGAUGACUAAUGAGAGGAAGUCAAGCUGACUGAAGAGGUCUUUGGAGGUUUUAUCUGUCUGACCCUGUGGCCGUCGAGAUGAUGUCAGGAAGCCUUCUCCAGUCUUGUGUAUCACUUACACUGAAUGAAGAGACUGAUGAGCACAGCACUGGCCAAAUGAAAAAAUAAUAAGAUUGGAACGCUAUCCUUUGUAACUACUUACGGAGCUUGAUGUCUGCUUUUAUGUCGUGGGAGUCUCGAAGACGGUUUUGUUUUACCGAGAGCUUUUAAAAUGACUAAGGGUGUCCUUCUGUCAGUGAAACUGUCCCUGUUGUGCAUUUGUUUUUAUAAAUGUAUCCUCCAUAUUUACUGAUUACUGGAAGCACCUGCCUUAAUUUUUAAUUUCACCAUUUUUUAGUUUGGUUAUUCUGCACUUAUGUCCUCUGUACAUAUAAUUCUGUUAACAAAGAGGGAUUUUAUGAAUGAGGCCAUCAAAGCAGAGCUGUUUAUAGAAAGUUUAAUUUUUCAGAUUCAAACACACAUAAUGCAGAAAAUUUUGUAUGCAUUGUGUUAAAAUCAACAUUGGCAAGUAGGGAUGUCCACAAUAAGUUUAUUUCGAUAACACAAACUUAAGGUGUUUGUAGGUAUUUGCUGUUGCGGAUCAGUUUAAAAAUGGCUUGAUUGGAUUUGGGACAUCCCUAUUGGCCAGACGUGUUUUCUCUACUGUUAAUAGCUAAUUUGGUUCAUAUGAUACAUUGCAAAUAUAUUCUGUUAUACAACAGUCAGCCACAACUUCAAAACCACCUGCCUAGUAUUGUGUCGGCCAAACAGCUCUGUCCUGUAGGGCCACGGGUUCAGGACCACUGGUGGUGUUCUGUGGUGUCUGACGCUGGGACACUGGCAGCAGAUACGUAGGGUCCUGGAGGUUUGGGUUGAGGCCUUCAUGGAUGUAUCUUGUCACUGUGGACCCUGUAAAUGCUGAAUUGGGUUGGGAUCCUCUUUGUGUUCCUCCGGUUGUUCCUGAGCAGUUUUUGAAGUGUAGCAGGGAACAUUGUAAUGCUAGGGAACAACAUUGCUGUCAGAGAGUGAUUAAUGUUGUGGCUGAUGAAUAAUGUAUUAUAGAUGUAUUUGUGUAUGUAGUGAAAUAUUAAGAUGUGGCCUGCAUGACAGGAUACCAGUAUUUUUUCACCCUGUCACUGGAGCUGCAUCAAGAUGGUAUUCUUGCAAGACAAAAAGUGAAAUUUAUGAAAACUUGAUUUUUAUACAUUUUUUUAAAUACACAGUUCAAAGAAAUUGAAAGAUAUUGUACAUGAGUGGUUGAUUGUCCAACUAAUGUUAUUGUAAAAGACAUCAGUCCCCCCAAUUCUGCUGAAUGGUUUCUUGCAGAGCACAACACUGCGUGUUUAUAUUUUGCUUAAAGAGGGGGAACUGUGAAGGCAUUGGGAUCUGUUGUAGCGUCUCUGUAGAAGAAAUAAUCUGCUGGUCUCUCAAAACCAGUCAAUUUUCUGAUGGGUUUUGAAAGCCCUAGGAAAACAUUUGUGUAUAAGUGCUUAUAGUUACCUCUGACUGUGAAAGAUGACUGUUGGUGUCGAUGGAAAGUUGACGUGCAAGCUGUAAAUACCACCAGAAAUAUAAGUCACAAUAAAAUGUCAAGUUUU